AAAUCCUGAGUGUGUGUGUGUGUAUAGACUGUGUAUGUGUGUGUGUAGACUGUGAGUGUGUGUGUAGACUCUGUGUGUGUGUGUGUGUGUGUGUGUUUGUGUGGCGUCACAACAGCCACCUGGCACCCUCCCCUCAGCCAGCAGCAUAAAGAGCUGGCGCGUGCCUGAGGGGCACAGGCCCACGUGACUCCCCCUCCCCGCCGACGGUCCCGGGGGGACAGACACUUUGUUCAGGAUGCUGCUGUUGUUCCCAUUGUGAAGUGGAAGCCAAAGCCGGCAGUUUCCUUAGUCACCAGCUGGAGCUGAGAGGCCGUGAGCGGCGUGUGGGGCUCCCUCCCCACGGCUUCUAUGCUGCGGGUCCGGCAGCGAGACGGGAAGCCCCGGGAGGAGCUUUCGGGGGGAACCGAUGAUGAACGGCCGUCUCCAGUCGGCGUGAGGAUGAGGUGGUGACCGGGGCAUCGCACGCCCGCAGACCCUCUGACGAUGAAUGGGACGGCCAACGUGAACGUGACUGGCCGGAGCCAUUAUGCGUCUGCUAUCCCAGUGCCCCGCACUAUGUCCCAGAGCAAGCUGCCCCCGAGGCAGAGCAGCCUGGGGGCCCCCCCUUCCCAGCGGGCGGCAUCACCACGGCCGGGGAAGGUGCCAGGCUGCAUUGGCAGUCCGGCAGCCAGAGGCUCCAAGCCCAAGAGCCUUUCUAAAGCCCCCGUGGAGGCCGGGCCUGGGCCGGAGACAGCAGAGGCAUCGGAGUGCAAAAGGGCCGACGGGGUGGAGUCUGGGCUCAGCCAGAGUGCUAGGACUCCAGGCAGCAGCCCCCGGGGGGGGCCAAAGGCGACAGCUCGAGCGACGGGGGCUCCGAAGAAGGCUCUGGUUCAAGGGACAGAGAGAGAGAAGGAGAGUCCAAAGCCCGGAGAGGCCUACAGCAGCCACGGCACCAAGAAGGGCUCAGGGAAGCCGAGUGGUGCUGCCGAGCUGGCCAAGACCCCUCACCUUCAGGGGAAGAGCCCGUCUCGCUUCAGCCUGUGCAGUGAGUCUGGGCUGCCUGGCGUCCCAGAAGGAUCCAGUGUCAAGAGGCCCCAGAGCUGCCCGGUGAAAGGCCAGUGGGUGUCGGAAGCCCUCUGGAAAGGCAGCGGGGUGCCCAAGGCAGCCAGGGGUGAGGACAAGUCCCCGGGGAUCUCACUGGGCACCAGCAGCCCCAUGCAGAAUAAGGAGCCGGCCAUCAGCUUCUCCUCAGUCCCGCAGCAAAGUCACCCGGUCACUGCCACCGUGGCACCCUUCCACUACCGGCUGCAGGGAGACAGGGAGAAGAGUGAAUUCUCCCAGGAGGAGCGCGUGUGUGAGGAACCGACCAGCCCUGCAGACGGGCCUGAGCUGGGCUUCCCAGGCUUGGCCGGCGUGUUAAAUGGUUUCAGCGCAGGCGGGAUGCUUGGCACCAACCUCAAAAGCCUGGAGCUCAGCGGCGAGGGGCCGGAGGAGCUGAAGGGCUACCGGAAAGGGGCCGAGGGCAAGGGCGGCGGCGGCGGCGGCAUGGUGCCCAAGCGGCCCAAAGCGCCCGGGGCGCACGAGCUGCGGGUCUUCAAGUCGGGCAGCGUGGAGAGCCGGCUGCCGCCCGGCCCCAGCCUGCGCAAGCAGAAGUCCCUCACCAACCUGGCCUUCCUCACCGACGCCGAGAAGAAGAUGCAGCUCUACGAGCCCCGCUGGAGCGACGACAUGGCCAAGGCGGCCAAGGGGGGCGGGCGCGGGGGGCUGAAGGCCAAGGAAGCCCCGCUCAUGUCCAAGAGCCUCUCCAAGUCGGAGCACUCCCUCUUCCAAGCCAGGCUCGCCCCCGGCCUGGCCAAGCCGCCGCUGGCCCCGCUCCCGUCCAGCCUCGGCAAGCCCAGCCGCAUCCCCCGCGGGCCCUACGCGGAGGUGAAGCCCCUGAGCACGGCGCCCGAGGCCGGCGGGGUGGAGGACAGCAAAUCCGACGACGAGAUCCUCUCCAGCAAAGCCAAGGGCCGGGAGAAGCCGCAGCAGCAGCCGGCGCCGGCGCCCGGCCCGGCGGGGAAGGGGCAGGAGGAGCGAGCCUACCUGAAGGUGGACCCGGAGCUCGUGGUGACGGUGCUGGGGGACCUGGAGCAGCUGCUCUUCAGCCAGAUGCUGGACCCCGAGUCCCAGAGGAAGAGGACGGUGCAGAACGUGCUGGACCUUCGGCAGAAUCUGGAGGAGACCAUGUCCAGCCUGAGAGGCUCCCAGGUGUCUCACAGCUCUUUGGAGAUGACCUGCUACGACAGCGAUGAAGCCAACCCCAGGAGCGUGUCCAGCCUGUCCAACCGCUCCUCCCCCCUGUCCUGGCGCUACGGGCAAUCCAGCCCCCGGCUGCAGGCCGGGGACGCUCCCUCGGUGGGUGGGAGUUGCCGGUCGGAAGGCACCCCCAGCUGGUACAUGCACGGCGAGCGGGCGCACUAUUCCCACACCAUGCCUAUGCGCAGCCCCAGCAAGCUGAGCCACAUCUCCCGGCUGGAGCUCGUCGAGUCCCUGGAUGCCGACGACGUGGAUCUCAAGUCUGGGUACAUGAGCGACAGCGACCUGAUGGGGAAGACCCUGACGGAGGACGACGACAUCACCACGGGCUGGGAUGAGAGCAGCUCCAUCAGCAGUGGCCUCAGCGAUGCCUCUGACAACCUCAGCUCGGAAGAGUUCAACGCCAGCUCCUCCCUCAACUCCCUCCCGUCCAGCCCCACGGCUUCCCGGCGGAACUCGGCUAUAGCGCUGCGCACGGACUCGGAGAAGCGCUCGCUGGCCGAGAGCGGGCUGAGCUGGUACAGCGAGGCGGAGGAGAAGGGCCCAAAGAAGCUGGACUACGACAGCGGCAGCCUCAAGAUGGAGCACGGCGCCUCCAAGUGGCGGCGGGAGCGGGCCGAGAGCUGCGACGAGGCCCCCGCCAAGGCGGGGGAGCUGAAGAAGCCCGUCAGCCUGGGCCCGCCGGGGUCCCUGAAGAAGGGCAAGACGCCACCGGUGGCAGUGACCUCGCCCAUCACCCACACAGCCCAGAGCACCCUCAAAGUGGCAGGCAAACCUGAAGCUAAAGCCACUGACAAGAGCAAGCUGUCUGUGAAGAACGCGGGCCUGCAGCGCUCUUCCUCCGACGCUGGCCGGGAUCGGAUUGGGGAUGCCAAGAAGCCUCCCUCAGGGCUCGCCCGGCCCUCUACCUCCGGCUCCUUCGGAUACAAGAAGCCACCACCCGCCACCGGCACAGCUACGGUGAUGCAGGCGGGUGGCUCGGCCACGCUCGGCAAGAUCCAGAAGAGCUCCGGCAUCCCCGUCAAGCCUGUCAAUGGGAGGAAAACCAGCCUGGAUGUCUCCAAUGCCGGGGAGCCUGGCUUUCUGGCCCCUGGGGCUCGCUCCAACAUCCAGUACCGGAGCCUGCCGCGGCCGGCCAAAUCCAGCUCCAUGAGCGUGACGGGCGGGCGUGGCGGGAACCGGCCUGUGAGCAGCAGCAUCGACCCCAGCCUCCUAAGCACCAAGCAAGGGGGCAUCUCGGUGUCACGGCUCAAGGAGCCCUCCAAGAUCGGCACGAGCCGGAGCACGCCGGCCCCGGUGAACCAGACGGACCGUGAGAAGGAGAAAGCCAAAGCCAAGGCCGUGGCCCUGGACUCCGAGUGCGUCUCGCUGAAGAGCAUCGGCUCCCCUGAAAGCACCCCCAAGGCCCAAGCCAACCACCCGCCUGCCGCCAAAGGGGCCGAGCUGCCCCCAACGCCGCUCAGAGCGCCCGCCAAGAGCUACGUGAAGCCCCCUUCCCUGGCCAACUUGGACAAGGUCAACUCCAACAGCCUGGACCUGCCGUCCUCCAGCGACCUGCCCCAGCCCCACGCCAGCAAGCGGCAGGACGGGCACCAGGCGGCCGGACACCUCACGCCUUGCUUCGCCCCCAGCCCUGCCCCCAUCCUCAACAUCAACUCGGCCAGCUUCUCCCAGGGCCUGGAGCUCAUGAGCGGCUUCAGUGUCCCCAAGGAGGGCAGGAUGUACCCCAAGCUCUCGGGCCUGCACCGCAGCAUGGAGUCUCUGCAGAUGCCAAUCAGCCUGCCCAGUGCCUUUUCCGGGGGCAGCACCACCACCCCUGCCCCUGCUGCCACCCCUCCCAUCAGCACAGAGGAGGAGACCAGUGAGCAGGGCUGGACCGGCAGCCCCAGAGCUGCACAUCUGGACAGCACCAACCGCGACCGGAACACGCUGCCCAAGAAGGGGCUGAGGUACCAGCUCCAGUCCCAAGAGGAGACCAAGGAGAGGCGCCACUCCCACACGAUCGGAGGGCUCCCGGAGUCGGACGACCCUUCGGAGCUGCCCUCGCCUCCCGCCCUCUCCGUGUCCUUGGCCGGGAAGAGCCCACUCACGAACAUCGUGAGCCCCACCGCUGCCACCACUCCGCGGAUCACCCGUUCCAACAGCAUCCCCACCCACGACUCCGCCUUCGAGCUCUACAGCACCUCCCAGAUGGGCAGCACCCUCUCCCUGGCAGACAGACCCAAGGGCAUGAUCCGCUCGGGCUCCUUCCGGGACCCCGCGGAUGACGUUCAUGGAUCGGUGCUGUCCCUGGCCUCCAGCGCCUCCUCCACCUACUCCUCGGCGGAGGAGAGGAUGCAAUCCGAGCAAAUCCGCAAGCUGCGCCGGGAGCUGGAGUCGUCCCAGGAGAAGGUGGCGACCCUGACGUCUCAGCUGUCAGCCAACGCUAACCUGGUGGCGGCCUUCGAGCAGAGCCUGGUGAACAUGACGUCCCGUCUGCGCCAGCUGGCAGAGACCGCGGAAGAGAAGGACACGGAGCUGCUGGACCUGCGGGAGACCAUCGACUUCUUGAAGAAGAAGAACUCGGAGGCUCAAGCCGUGAUCCAAGGAGCUCUGAAUGGGACUGACAUCACGCCCAAAGAGCUGCGCAUCAAGAGGCAGAACUCCUCUGACAGCAUCUCCAGCCUCAACAGCAUCACCAGCCACUCCAGCAUCGGCAGCAGCAAGGAUGCCGAUGCCAAGAAGAAGAAGAAGAAGAGCUGGGUGUACGAGCUCCGGAGCUCGUUCAACAAGGCCUUCAGCAUCAAGAAGGGCCCGAAGUCGGCCUCCUCCUACUCGGACAUCGAGGAAAUCGCCACCCCCGACUCCUCAGCCCCGUCCUCUCCCAAGCUGCAGCACGGCUCCACUGAGACUGCCUCGCCUUCCAUCAAGUCCUCCAACUCCUCCUCCGUGGGCAUCGAUGCCACUGAGCUCUUCCAGGCCAACGAGGAGGAGGAAGAGCCGGAGAAGAAGGAGGUGUCGGAACUGCGCUCGGAGCUGUGGGAGAAGGAGAUGAAACUGACCGACAUCCGGCUGGAGGCUCUGAACUCAGCCCACCAGCUGGACCAGCUCCGUGAGACCAUGCACAACAUGCAGCUGGAGGUGGAUCUCCUGAAGGCCGAGAACGAUCGGCUCAAGGUGGUCCCAGGGCCUUCGUCAGUGCCGGGCUCCAUCCCCGGGCACAUCAGGAGCACAUCUGCCUCCUCGUCCCCACGGCGCUCACUGGGCCUCGCCCUCGCUCAGUCCUUCAGCCCCGGCUUGGCAGAUACAGACCUGUCGCCGAUGGACGCUGUGGGGGCCCAGAAGGACGAGGUGACGCUGCGGAUCGUAGUGCGCAUGCCGCCCCAGCACAUCAUCAAAGGGGACUUAAAGCAGCAGGAAUUCUUCCUGGGCUGCAGCAAGGUGAGCGGGAAGGUGGAUUGGAAGACGCUGGAUGAAGCCGUCUGCCAGGUGUUCAAGGACUACGUCACCAAGAUGGACCCUGCCUCCACGCUGGGGCUGAGCACCGAGUCCGUCCACGGCUACAGCAUCAGCCAUGUGAAGAGGGUCUUGGACACGGAGCCCCCGGAGCUGCCCCCCUGCCGGAGGGGUGUGACCAGCAUCGCCGUGGUGCUCAAAGGCCUGAAGGAGAAGUGCGUGGACAGCCUGGUGUUCGAGACCCUCAUCCCCAAGCCCAUGAUGCAGCACUACAUCGGCCUCCUGCUCAAGCACCGCCGCCUCAUCCUCUCGGGGCCCAGCGGCACGGGCAAGACCUACCUGACCAACCGGCUGGCCGAGUACCUGGUGGAGCGCUCGGGCCGGGAGGCCACCGAGGGCAUCGUCAACACCUUCAACAUGCACCAGCAGUCGUGCAAGGACCUACAGCUGUACCUCUCCAACCUGGCCAAUCAGAUCGACCGGGAGACCGGCAUCGGGGACGUGCCAUUGGUCAUCCUCCUCGACGACCUCAGCGAGGCCUGCUCCAUCAGCGAGCUUGUCAAUGGCGCGCUCACCUGCAAAUACCAUAAAUGCCCCUACAUCAUCGGGACGACUAACCAGCCCGUGAAGAUGAGCCCGAACCAUGGCCUGCACCUCAGCUUCAGGCUGCUGACUUUCUCGAACAACGUGGAGCCGGCCAACGGCUUCUUGGUCCGCUACCUGCGCCGGAAGCUGCUCGAGUCGGACAGCGACAUCAACGCCAACAGGGUGGAGCUGCUGCGGGUCCUGGACUGGGUGCCCAAGCUCUGGUACCACCUGCACACCUUUCUGGAGAAGCACAGCACCUCGGACUUCCUCAUCGGCCCCUGCUUCUUCCUGUCCUGUCCUAUCGGGAUUGAGGAUUUCCGGACCUGGUUCAUCGACCUGUGGAAUAACUCCAUCAUCCCCUACCUGCAGGAGGGGGCGAAGGACGGGAUCAAGGUCCAUGGCCAGAAGGCAGCCUGGGAAGACCCCGUGGAGUGGGUCCGGGACACCCUGCCCUGGCCGUCAGCACAGCAGGACCAAUCGAAGCUGUACCACCUGCCCCCACCCAGCGUGGGGCCCCACACCACAGCCUCCCCCCCAGAGGAGCGGACUGUCAAAGACACCACGCCCAGCUCCAUGGACUCCGACCCCCUGAUGGCCAUGUUGCUGAAGCUCCAGGAAGCAGCCAACUACAUAGAGUCUCCAGACCGAGAGACCCUGGUGGAUCCCAACCUGCAGCCGACGCCGUGAGGCCGCACCGCACCGGAGAGGGGAGCUCGCCGCCCUCGGCUGUCAGCAUCCCCGCCAGCUGGUUUUGCUUUUUGUUUGGUCUCCUGGGAGUGCGCGGCCAGGGCUAGAAAGCGGCGGGGACGCGGGGCUCUGGCACGUCCCCUUGGGGCAUGGGGGCAGUGGGGCUCGGCCCACGAGAGAGCGCAAGGCACCCGCCUCCCAGCCUGACUGGCGGUAGGAGAAUCCUGGUUUCUCUUCUUGGUUUUUCUGUCUCUGUCGCAAACUCCUGGGGGCUGGGGGCCAAAUGCAGCCAACGCAGACUCCCCGGCACCCACGGGCAGGCCCCUGCGUGGGGCGGGGACCCCGCGGAACCCCUCCCAGGGUGCGGCUCGGGGGCAGGGAGGAGCAUGCAGCCCCAGAACAAGAGGAUUUUUUUUUUUUUUUUUAAUGAAACAAUCUGUGGGGCAAAGAGAAGAACAAAUCCCUGAUGGAAGUGUCUGAGUCACGCUGCCAGGGACCCGCCGGGCACCGGGUUUCACUGUCUCCCGCGCCAGCCGCCCCACAAACUCCAGUGCAAGCGAAGGCCUGGGAGAAGGAGGCGGACUCUCAGCUCUGUCUUUGUACAUCCCUUAUUUAAUCUGCAUGACAGUCAUUUAAACCAGGACUUCCCAAUAAACCCUGCUUUGGUUAUAUUCUUUCCCCCCACCCCCCCACCCUCCUAUUUGAUUUGGACAGAGUUCAGCUCUUCCUUUGUUCCUCUUUGGGUCUGGUUCUUUUCUCCCCGUUGCUGCGGCCCGAGGAGGAGCGGGCAGCCUUGCGUUGAGUCGAUUCCUUGUUUUCAUUUCCGUUUGACUCAUUUAUUUUUGUAGCUGUUGGUUUCUUCUCGGUGAUGAACCUGGUGCUGACUGGAUGCUCUCCAGUAACUGAUUCCCCCCUCGCAGCUCCUGGCAGGCUCAGCAUGGCUUCAGUCGGCAGCACGAUGCUCACAAAGAAGCACAACUGGCUGGGGGGGGGGGGGUUCCCCUCCUCACCCCCCACUUUGUGACACCCAUCUUCUAUAAGCACAAGAUGCCCGUAGCUGGGAGCCAGGCCCUGGCAGGGGGAGCUGAGAGACAGGGUCGCUGCGGCCCCUGGCAACUCAAGUGCGAGGGAGUAGCCAGAGAUGGUGACAAUCUCCCCCCAAGCCAGCAGAGCUGGUAGCGUCCGUCCCCCAUGCCCGUUCUCGCCUGGCUAGGGUAGAGGGUGACGGGACACUGAGGCGAGGGGGCUGGCAGAGGAGGCCCUGCCUGUGCCAUGUCUCCAUGUGUGGUUAGCGCAGGCAGAGAUCUCACUUCACGUCUCCAUGUCCAGCACAGAGAUCUCAGUAGCCCUUAGGAGACAUCUAGACAAGGGGCAGGCAGCAGAUGGGCCUCCCUCCUCCAUGCAUGGCGGCGGAGGAACCCGUGAAAGAGCCCCCUUCGACUCCCCCAGCCAACACCCUUGGAAAGCCCUUCCUUGUUUCCCCCAGGCUCCAGGACAGGCUGGGAGCGUUGGCUUAGGUCCAUCCAUGGGGUGGGUUCAGUACCGCUGGUGGUGCAGUACAGUGCAGGGGUCUCUCGUCUCAGGAGUCCCAAGUUGGUUUGGAUGGCAUCAUCCCGCAUCUGUCAUCGAUAGCUUUCUGGACAUCAGAAGGCCAUGAAAUAGCCCGAGAUAGCAUCUCUAGCCAUUCAGGCCAGAGGGAACCGUUCUCAUCUCUGCUCAGCACCUACCUACCACGGGCUGGAGGACUCCCCCCCCCCCCCCCGCCCCCAUCCCCCACUUGUUGCAUCCAGCUCACAGCUUGUGCGUGAUGGCUUAGAAAGAGACACCCAGUCUUGAUUUAAAGGCUGCAAGGUCUGGAGAACGUACUCCGGCCCUAGCUGACCAUGGGACUUGGUGAUGUGCAGACACAUCCUCUAGGUAACUACGCCCCCAGGGCCAUUCAUAUGCUCAGCCCAGGAGCCCAGUAAGUCCUGGCCCGAGGGAUAACCUUAGCCCAGCGGGUGCUGUUUCCUAGCAAUCGAGACAGACUAGCACCUCGGGUUGAGUCUCCGGCAAGCGGCCUGUGGGCUUGCUUGGAAUUCAGCCUGAGCCACUCAAGCUGAGCCGCAGGCGAAGGCAUGUCCCUUCCCUCACCCAGAACCACCCAGGGAGCAGAAGCCCCCGUCUGGGAAGCUGCCCCGCCUCGUGCUGCGGACUGAAUCUGCGCUGCUGUCCCUGCAAGCUGUGAAGAUCCGAGCCAAGACCUGCAAAAGAAAUAUGCAACUGCACAGCCAGAAGAGGUGGCUGUGGAAGGGGGGCAACCAUGGUGCUGCAAUGCUGCCUUAUUACCUCUGGUGCGGGGGCCGACAGAGCAGCCUGGAGUGUAUGAGGCAAGGGCACGUGUUGCCCAAAGCACUGGGUACGUGACUGGGCCCCAGCCCAGGAGCGCCAAACUGAGUCAAUGUGUGUGACCAGGGGAAGGGAGGGUGGGCGUGUUUAACCCCACUUCUCUGCUGGUGCCUGCGGUGCUCCUGUCCUGCCUAAAUGUUCCACCGAUGUACGUUCAGGGACCGCCGAGGCCUGCACCGCUCUCCGGCGAGCAGGGAGGAAAGCCGAACUGGGAGCUCGGUCCUAGCCCCACCGCACUCCCUGCUGUGGAGUGCUGGGCUCUGGCUAGCUCUCACCCCAGCUCCCCAUGGGCUGGGCUAGAUCGAUCCCUGGCCGGCUCCAUGACUUGGGGGGGUGCCUGCUGCUAACAGAGAUGCAUCCUUGGCCUCUGCCCACUGUGCUCGGGUUUGACGUCGUUGCUAGCCGUGAGCCGGGUCUCGUGAGUGUCCGUAACCAGGCAGUUCUGGAUCAGGUCUCUCAGCCUCCAGGAGCCUGUUGGAGCCCAGGACCCUGCUUACGCUUCUGGGGGUCCAAAGACCCUCACCCAGGGAUUCCUGCCGCCGGCCAAAGCUCAUGGUUGGGCUCAAGCAGAUCAUGUAGAGAGACACCCAGUCACGAUUUCAAGGCUCCGAGUGACAGAAAAUCCACCCCGUCCCUACGUGACCGUGGACAUGACCUACAAAUACAUCCUCUAGGCAAACUCCUGGCCCUAUCGCGGUCCACCUGGUGCCACCCACAGCCAGAGCUGCUGCACCAGCCUUGUCUCUUGACAGGUCUGAUCCCAUGGGCCAGCCCUGCCCAGCUGCCUACGCUGUCCCAUGCAGAUUGCGGCCUGUGCUGGGGAGGUGGCUAUGGGUUCGCGCUGGUGAACAAUGCACGAGUGGAGGAGAGCAGUCGCUCCACUCUCCCCAUCCUGCAGCCUAUUGUGUUGAAUUCACCCUGGUGGUGAUGGAGUGUGGGGUAGGGAAACCAGUGCCUAGUGCUGGUGGUUCCUGGAGCCCCUGUGGAUCUGGCCAGAUGCAGCAGCCUGGCAUCUUGGUGGGGAGGGCAGGGCAUUGGGCUCCUGUCUCGAUGGGCAGCCCCGCAGCGGGGAGCAAGGGCGAACUUUGGUGCUGCUGGCGGUUGUCCGUGCGGAGUAACGUGUCACGGGCAGAGUGCAAUCAGCUGCCGUGCCUUCGGCCUGGAGGGGCAGAUGCAACCGUGUCCACGGUUCUGAAAAGGGCUCUGGCCCCACUGCCCUGCCUUCCCAAAGGGUGUCUCUGGCAGGAGGCAGGUGCUACUAUCUUUCCGGUUUGCUUUUGCUCGGAGACGACACAAAACAACACCCGACCUGCCUUUCUCAGUCGCAUGCUAUCUCCGGGUGCAGGGCUUGGGCAGUCUGGCACACGGCGCCUGCUGGGUAUGGCCAAGGCCUGUGCACAGAAUCUCUCUGUCCCUAAUGCUCUCCGGGGGCUUAAAACCAACCCAAGAGGCCUUUCGAUGUAAGGAAAAUCUGGGCUGGUGCAAUUCCCCGCCCCCCACCAGACGCCAUGUGUGUAGGCGCGGGGGGGCGUUCCUAUUGAAGUCUGUGACCCUCCCAAGGGCAGACCCUUGGACCGGUGCUGCCAGGGAUUUGCAGCAGUGUUGUGUGCAGAUCUAAGGUGCUUGCUUCACUCCCUGUGUGUGUGAUCGUGGACAUGUACACCCUGUCAAUGUAACCCAAUAUGUGGGGGUUGCAUGCACAACCCUGGGAACUCGGGGGGGCUGAAGGGAUCGGUUUGGCUGAAGCAGAAGGUUCCAUUGGCUGGUUUAAUGUGCACAAUCCCCCCUGGUGAUUGUCUUGGGCGCUGGUUUUUGGUACUCUUGGCUAUGAGCUUUACCUCACCCGGGUCCCCUGAUGUUAGGGGCCAGCCCCUCGACCGAUGGAAAUCGGUCCAGCCGCAUUGGAGCAUUGCUGCGGCACUUUGCGCCAGCCAAGGGUCCAGUGGCAGGGGUGAAGCGACAUGGGCACAGAUGAUGUCCAUGGCUCUUAACAAUGGUGGUAGAAUCAGUGUGGACAGAGAUGGGGAACGGCCUGGGGUGUCCCAUCUAGUCUGUCCCGCAGGCCCUGUUCUCCAGAGUUUUGUUCCGUGAUCUUAAAUGACUCAAGCAAUGGCCUAGCCACCUCUGCCCCAGGGCGACCGUUCCACACUGAUCCCUCUUGCUGCUGAGAAAUUUGCUUUUGCUCAAAGCUCCCACAGUCCCAACCCACAUGAUUCCUCCUCUUCCGUGGGCUCAGCGCCUUUCCAAGAGUCACAGGCAAUUGGAAGGGCCUCGCUGUGUCUUCGCCACCACUUAGCAAAGCUAUUAAUACUGGGUUCUCAUCAUUCUUCCCCUACUGUUCAUCUCUCCAGCUCCAUUCUCACCAGAAUUGCUCUUCUCUCAAUCCCCUUGCUUUGCUAUUAACACCGACGUUAUAGGAGCAGCCAGAGAGCCGUUCGGGCCUGGCGCUUGUACAAACUCACAGCAAGACCGAGGUCGAGAGCCUCAAAAGUAUUUCGGUGCCUGACUCCCAUUGGUUUCUGGGCCAUGGUUGAAGAAAAAUUGUUGGCAUCUUUCUGCCUAAUGCAGAACCCAAGAUCAAACCACCCCCACACGUUUGGAUUCAGAGCUGGAGCCGCACUGGGCAGCUGGGCCCUGUCUCACAGGGAGGUGCCGUAUUCUGGGCCCAGGCUGCCCCGUGUCGGGACGUAGAUGCCGCUCUGACCCAGCAUGGUUUUCGGUGUUUGGCAACACAGGUGGCUGGGUAAUUAAAUCCCCCCUGGAAUCCAGUGACCCCCCUCCCCCCCCCCCAGAGGUUUCUUUUACACUCUUUCAACGAGGAGUCCGGUGGCACCUUAAAGACUAAUAGAUUUAUUUGAGCAUAAGCUUCCCUGGAUAAAAACCCCACUUCUUCAGAUGCAUGGUUUUUACCCACGAAAGCUUCUGCUCAAAUAAAUCUGCCAGUCUUUAAGGUGCCACCGGACUCCUCCUUGUUCUUGUGGAUACAGACUAACACGGCUCCCCCCCUGAUAUUUUACACUCUUUGUGGCUUCUGUUUUGGAGACCUGGGUUUGAAGGCGCUCAGCAGCUGUCACUCUUGGGGGGGAAACACCUGCCUAGGCCAAGACUCUCCCAGGUGCGUAGGCACCUCGUCCCCAUUUCAUUUCAGUGGGCGUGAGACACUUGAAUCCCUUUUGAGGAUCGGGGCCCUAGGCCUUAAUUUCUUGCCCAACCGCACGCAGUAUUUCACCCUCCUCACCGUGGCCAGGCGUCCCUGUCAGUGCACCAGUGCUGGGCUGGGUAUGAUCCAGUUGGGUGGCAGGGACCUAGCCGCAUUCUGUAGGGUUUGAAUCAACCCUUGGCAUCUAGCGCUGGCAUCCAGCUUUGUGCCAGCCAGCAGGUGGCACGCUCCCAUUCCUGGCGAGGAAGGAAGAGCCAAGAGGUAGCGUAUUAAACCAGCCAAGCCACCAAGCAGCAGCUGCAUGGCAUGGGCGGCUUCUCUGCCAAUGUGUCUCUAUGGGAUAAGCCCUGGUCCUUGUCUGUCCGCUCUGUGUCCGUAUGAGCCUGGUGCUUUGCACAGUGAUUUACCUGCCGCAUGCUGGACUCGACACUGGGGUUUUCUCUCGUUUGCCUUUUCUGUUCACUCUGUAGGAUAAGGACACGCUGUAAAUAGCACUGUACCCGGAGGCCCCGAGUGAGUUGGACGGGGCCCGGCCCCGCCUGUCUGUCCUUUUUUGUACUAUGUGUGAAUAACUGUGCUGUGCCGACUCAUGUUUCUGAUUGUAUGAGACACCUGCCCAGCAAUCGCUAUAGGGCAGUAGCAAGGACGGGGCGGGGGGACACGAGCCCUGCCCCAUCAGACUGGGACUGCCCCCCACCUGCCCCCUUGCAUGGGCUGCAGGAACAGCGGUGCUAGAGGGGGCAACACAGGGGACAGGAGGGCUUCAGGGGCCUGAUGCUGAGAGCUCGUGGGGAGAGAGGCCCAUUUCUGACAGGCUACGGGUGGGUGUUUAAAAGGAGCCUAAGGGCAUGAGCCCCCCAGCUCCCCUUCAACUGCAUCUUGGUGCCUCACUCCCGGAGACCCUUGGCUGUUGCCCGUAGUCCAGCUCCGUCCCUAGGAGCAGCCCUUGUCCAUCCACCAUGGAGCUUUCCAGGCCAUCGCUAGGAAGUGGCCAGGUGCUAGGGACAGGCAGAGGGUUGGGGGUGGAAUAAAGUCCCACCCAGAGUUGGAACCAACUGUUUCCUCUGCCCCUGCCUCCGCCGCAAGCUAUGGUUUCCAUUCCGAAUUCAAGUUAGGCUCCCCUGCCUUCCCCCCCACCCCCGCCAGGCACCCC